AUGCCAUCCAUGUUCAACCUUAUCCCUCCUUCUGAUGUUGCACCACAGGUUCAUGUACAAUGGAUAGAGACCGCUGCCACAAAGCUCCUUGACAACUCACUUUUCCUGCAAGACAGUUUUGAUGAGAAUUGUCCUGAGUCCUUCAACAAUUCAGUUCCCCUUUCCUGUCUGGUUCUUGUCGCAGCUGCAUAUCAUUGUGUGUUGGACGGAUUUGCAAAGAAUGGCACAGGAAAGAUGAUGCCUCAAUUCUCCAGCAAGGCUUACAAUUCCAUUUUCCAUGGCAUGAUGAAGGUGCUGAACAACAUCCUUCAUAAUCCCUAUCACAGCACGAGGUUGCAUGAUCAGCUUUCUCAGUGGGCAAAGGAAGGAAGGAUGUAUGCAAUUGAUGCCAAUGCUCCUGUUCCUGUCAUACCUGCUGUGAACUGUUCCUAG